CUGAGCCGGGCGCCAGCCGAGGCAGGAAGGGAGGUGGCUGCCGAGCCAUUCUUAAAGGGGCCCGAGAGAUCCUUCAGCGGCGGGCCGCUGACGGCCGGAAGGAAAAUGAGUGAGUCUUUGGUGGUUUGUGAUGUUGCUGAAGAUUUAGUGGAAAAGCUGAGAAAGUUUCGUUUUCGAAAAGAAACCCACAAUGCUGCCAUUAUAAUGAAGAUUGACAAAGAUAAGCGCCUGGUGGUACUGGAUGAAGAACUUGAGGGCGUCUCCCCAGAUGAACUGAAAGAUGAACUACCUGAGCGGCAACCUCGAACCUUCAUUGUAUAUAGUUAUAAAUACCAGCAUGAUGAUGGAAGAGUCUCUUACCCUCUGUGCUUCAUUUUCUCCAGCCCUGUUGGGUGCAAGCCGGAGCAGCAGAUGAUGUACGCGGGGAGCAAGAACAAGCUGGUCCAGACCGCUGAGCUGACCAAGGUAUUUGAAAUAAGAAACACUGAAGACCUAACUGAAGAAUGGCUACGUGAGAAACUUGGAUUUUUCCACUAGUGUGAGCUUCGGUGUUUCUAAAGUAUUUAUGUAUUAACCUGACCAUACUGGAACCAGACAUAGUUAAUUUAUGCCUCAGAAUGCACUGUUACUUACAGUUUGUUUCCUGCAGUAAAGAAAACGUCUUCAUUUGUGCAGUCUGAACAAAGGAGAAAUCAUCUUCAUAGUAACGGAACUUUGUGACGUGUGGCCUUGUGUUUGUCAUUGUUAGCUGGACACUUUUCUCCAGGGGUGAUGUGCACCCUCGUGACUAAUUUCUGUGAUUUAUGGUUCAGACACUAGUGGAAGGUGGCUUUAGGCUCUGAUAGACAGCAAGUCCUCCUUUGACCACCCCUGGGCAUGGGCAGUCUGUAAGUGCAAAUAGCGUUCCAUCACUUGUCACGCCAUCCAGGUUCCUUGGGGCUUAAGUCUCAACCUGGCCGAUUCUGAGCCAAGAGCAGUGAUUUGGUAGAGCUUCUGCUGCUCUGUCCAUAAGUUUUCCUUCUCUCUUGGUGUCCUGUAGCUUUGUAAUCAAGUGUAGAAACUAUAUCAGUCACUCAUUCUUAAGGUCUGUGAGUUGGAUUUUAUGGUAGAGUUAGGAUUAUUAGGUUUUUUUCUUAUGAGAAAUAGAAUCCUAGUCUAAGAAACUGGUGAGUUGUGUAAUCAAGGGCUUCAUUCCUGAUUAUGUCACUAACAGGGAACUUAGAAUGUGGCUUGGUAACACUAUAAAGCACCUCCUAAUGUCUUUUGAGCACCGUUUUAAAUGUGUUAAUACUGUGCCUUUGAUUUGUCAGCAUUAACGUUAGCUUAAGACUUCUACACUGCCAGUAUUCUAAAUUUGGCGAAAUUAAUACUUUUUUAAAAGGUUCAAGUAAAACAAUUUUCUAAGAUGUAUAACUGAAGUUUGUAAUAAAACCAACUUGUUAUUUUUAAACUUCCAACUAUCUGCCCAAAGUCGUGAAUAUGUGGUAGGUGAGAAUUAUGAUUUGGGGUAUAAUUACUAUUAGCUUUGUGCCAUAUGUAAGCAUUACUUAAAAUGUUGGUCAUAGUUAAUAGCAACAUAUCAAUUUAUCCUAAAUGUCAGAAGAAAUUCUAUUAUGGACAAAGCCAGUCAUGUUAGAUGGUAGCACCAUUGUUAGGAAGCAAAACUUCUAAUCUACUUGUAGAUAUUACGUUACACUUAAGAAAACAUGUAGGAAACUACUGAAUAGUAAUUUGAUUUAAAAAGAAAAAUAGAGAGACUAUAGAGGCAGAUCAAAUUCUUAUAUUAAGAAGGUAAUCAUUUUGAGCUGGGCAGUAGUAAUGCACACACCUUUAAUUCUAACACUCGGGAGGCAGAGGCAGGCAGCUCUCUGAGUUCUAGGCCAACCUGGUCCACAGAGCUAGUUCCAGGACAACCAGGGUACACAGAGAAGCCCUAUCUAUCUCAAAUAAACAAACAAACAAAAACCUAGCAAAAGCAUUUUUACGUUGGUGCAGUUCAUUGCAUACUGUUUGUCUUGCUUAGGGUUCUGCGCCAGCUUUACUGGAGGAAAGGUAGUUGGACUUUGACAGUGGAAUAGCAUGUGUUGUGGUCCCAGCUGUGUGUUCAUUAACCUGUGUGUCAGGAAGCAAUUGCAAGUGCUAAAGGAGGUGUUUGCAUUGCUCAUGAAUGGAAAAGUUCCUUUAUUUCGGUUUCCAGAGAAUGAGAAACGUUCACCCAAGAAGUCUGAGAUACUAUGCAGGUUUUUUGUUACAGGCUAGAGAAUAGCUUGCUUUUAAUCCUACAGAAAGCAAAUGAGAUCCAAGUAGAGAGUGACUUUGAUGUUUUUGAAUGAAGCAAAUAAGGUUUUGUUUCAGCUGGUUGCAUAAGUAUGCUGUUGAAUGUAAUGCUACAAGAGUGUACAUUUUUAAUAUGGCUCCUUAUUUUGGCUUGCACGUUUACCUUAGUUUUGGAAAUCUUGAGGUCUUCCAUCAGAUCGAUGGUACUGGCCUGCCGUACACAGGAUGCUCCAGUCCUCCGGCAGCAGCACCGCGGCUGUCAGCAGCUUGCUUCCUGAGCUUUUCCAGCCCUUCCCAGUAAGUGUGCCUUUUGGAAGGCAGCACAUUGGAUUGGGUCAUCAAAUGAACAUUUUUAUUCUGCCUGUCCAUAAUGCAGGUUUGUAAGUCCUAUGCUCCAAAGUAUUCCUCAAAUAUUUAUGUACAUUUCCAGUUAGCUAAAAUUUACAUUCUUUUAAAGUAUUUUUAUUACUUUUCUACCUUUCCAUAAAGAGUAUUUCCCAAUUCCAUAAUUCCAGCUUUUACACUCCAUGUCUUUCUGGAACAACCAUUCCUACUCAGCCUUAAAUCUGAAUUUUUUCUUUUUGGAAGCCACUCUUUCCAGGAACCUCUUUGGUUUUCUAAGUCAGCAUUGGUUCGGAGAUUUUUGAUCUUCUCAAAGUUGUGCAUAGCAUCUAAUGUCAGAGCCUACUCAGAAUUACCAGGUGUAUUUAAUGCAGUUCUGUGACAACCUGGGUGGUGUAUGAAGAAAGGUGUUCUCAGGCUACUGUGCUGAACUUCCAACAUGUCUAAGUUCUGAGCAGUAAUCACUUUGUUCUGAUAUUGAAACAAUUAUGUUAGCAAAAAAGCUGGGUGACUGUUUUGUUUAAUUGACUUCUAAACUCUGUUCGAAUUGCCUAUCUGAAGAGUUUACUGGAUGCCUAGUGCAGUUAAACAUUCUCUUGUGUGAGGGGUGUUAACUAGAUUGUUUGUCAUUACUAAAUAAUUUGUAGCAAAUGUGUGUGAGCAUUUCCCCUCCCUUUUUGUCUCCUAUUUUCAGGAGCCAAACUUAGCCAUAAACUGUAUCCUGGUCUGACACUUUCACUAAUGGUUUCCAGUUAGAGGAGUUUAUUGCCGAAUUAAGCUUGGCUCUUAUCCCACCCAGACAGAAACUAAGGAAGGUACACAGAAGAAGUGUUUGUAAAACUCAUGUGAGGGCAUCAGUCUGUAUGUGGACCAGUGAACAGAUAUUUUCAUAAGGGUUAAAAUGCCAAUAUUUGGGAAGUAGAGAGUAGAGUAUAUUCUAUCAGUUCUAUUGAGUGUUAAUAUGGUUGUAUUCUUUAUUUGUUCUCUGGACUGAUAAUACUGGAAUCCAUAAAGUUUGAGCCUUUACAACUUAUAUGAAGAAAUGUUGCGAACAUUUCUGGAUGAAUCUUAUUUUGUAUUUCUGGAAGAAUGUAAAUAAUCUCCUAGGCCUCUUCGUGCUGACGGUUCCAAGGCAAAUGUUUGCUAGGCCAUUUGACAUUUCAGAUCAGUGAGCAUAUUCCUGUCAUGUUUAUAACAGUUACAUUAAGCCUGUGAUAGAAACAGUGUCUUGCUUUUUAGAAUAUAAAUACUUGAAUAUUGUUUGACAUCACCAACAUGCCAGGGCAAGUCCCACUGAUUUUCAUGGUCCAAUAUAAUCUCAUUCAGGAGGCUUAAAGCAUUGGUGGUUUAGUCUUGUGGAUUUUCACAGUUCUCUGUUGUUUAAGAGAACCGACAACUGGCAUACUCCUUCAGCUGUGCUCCGUCUGCUAGCUCAUACCGCAUGUUGAUUUUGGAGUCUUUGGUAAGCAUGGUGCUUGUAUUGGUUUAAAUAAAACGCUAACAUGAAAGGAA